AUGUUUAAAAAAUCCAAUAAACAUUCGGAAAGUUACCUAACUAAGGAUCCAUCGAUGGCGAGAAAGGAUUUUUUUACCAGCAAUGGUAAAUUGGUUGCCAGACCUCUGACGUGGUCUUCUUUCAAUGGACCAGUUGAUUUAUCGGUGCGGAUAGGAGGGAAGACUAUUAAUAGAAUUUCGACGAAAAAGGUCGAUCCGGAAUUGAUUUUCACCAAACAGGAGCGUAUCGGCAAAGGUUCGUUCGGGGAAGUGUUCAAGGGUAUCGACAAUCGGACAACGCAAGUCGUGGCUAUUAAAAUCAUCGAUUUGGAGGAGGCCGAAGAUGAGAUCGAGGACAUACAACAGGAGAUCAUGGUCCUGUCGCAGUGCGAUAGUCCCUUCGUCACCAAAUAUUACGGAUCCUACCUAAAGGGCACGAAACUAUGGAUCAUAAUGGAAUAUUUGGGCGGCGGGUCGGCGUUAGAUCUGAUGAAGGCCGGGAAUUUCGAAGAGAUGCAUAUCGCCAUCAUAUUGCGAGAGGUGCUAAAAGGAUUAGACUAUCUGCACAGCGAACGAAAAUUGCAUCGUGAUAUUAAAGCUGCCAAUGUAUUGUUGAGCGAAAUGGGCGAUGUUAAACUUGCCGAUUUUGGCGUUGCCGGUCAACUUACGAACACGACCAGUAAACGGAACACCUUCGUAGGCACCCCGUUCUGGAUGGCGCCUGAGGUAAUCAAACAGUCCGCCUACGACUCGAAGGCAGACAUCUGGAGCUUGGGCAUCACGGCCAUCGAGCUCGCCAAGGGCGAGCCACCCAAUUCCGAAUUACAUCCAAUGAGGGUGUUGUUUUUGAUUCCGAAGAACAAUCCCCCUCAAUUGACCGGCAGUUACAGUAAACAAUUCAAGGAUUUCGUCGAGGCGUGUUUGAAUAAGGAUCCAGAAAAUAGACCCACAGCAAAAGAACUAUUGAAGUAUCCGUUUAUAAGAAAAGCUAAGAAGAAUUCGUAUUUAAUAGACCUGAUCGAUAGGUACAAAAAGUGGCGGUGCACUAGAAACGAAGAAUCUGAAACUGAAUCUGAAAAUUCCGACUCGGAGGAGCCGAAGCAAGAUGGUGACCUCGACGAUCCUUGGAUAAUGACUGUCAAAGGAAAUAUGAAAUUACCGCUAGAAGAAAUCCCUUCUCCCAAUCACAAAGCCGGCAACAAAGUGCAAAACGGUUCGGGACCGAUGUUGAGCAAAUCUCCUCCGAAGGAUUCAAAUCUCAAUCAUUAUAGGCCAGAAAAAUCUUCUAUUUCAUCCAAAUCUUCAGGUAUACAAUCACCGCUCGAUAACAGAGACAGAGACAAUAGAAAAGAUAAGGACAGGGACAGAGAAAAGGAGUCUGAGAGGGAAAGGGAGAGGGAUCGUGAGAGGGAGCGUGAGAGGGAGCGUGAGAGAGAUCGUGAGAGGGAUCGUGAGAGGGAGAGGGAAAGAGAACGCGAGAGGGAGAGGGAAAGAGAACGUGAGAGGGAAAGGGAACGCGAGAGGGAAAGGGAACGAGAACGCGAAAGGACGGACGUGAAGGAGAAAGAGAAGCGAAUAUCGCGCGAAUUGAGUCCGUUGGAUCAUCGAGGAGACGCUUUGGCGGCGGAAAAGAGGGCGAACAGAAAGUCGAUUUCGAGAGAGCAUUCGAAUUAUAGCGGCAAAAACGAGAGCCGAUCCCCGGUGCUCGGAGGUUUUAUUUAUCCACUAAUUACAGAGUUGCAGAGAAAGCACCAGUACAACAGAAGAUCCGCGGAGGCUUCGCACAAGUCGAGCGACGCCAUCGAAGAAUUAGAAAACGCCUUCGAGAUUGCCGAGAAGACGAGUCCUGGCAUAAGCGAGAUGUUUAUAUGCGAAUUGGUGCAGAAACUCGUGCCAUCGAUUUCGGAUCAGAGGCUUAAGGGGGUGUUGGAUAAAGUUGUAAGGGAUACCUUGUAG